GUGGUCUUUUCUUUGCCAAGCCAAUGAGGGACAAGAAGUAUGUCACCAUGAUGGACCCAUUCCAGAUAAGGAGCAACUAUGAGUGUGAUACUAGACCUCCCCUAUGUUUACUCUGUUUGGAUCUCAUCGGCUGUGGCCAUUAUCUAUACUUUGUUAGGAGGCCUCUAUUCAGUGGCCUACACUGACAUCAUCCAGCUCUCUCUGGUUUUUGUCAGUUUGUGGCUGUGCGUCCCCUUCCUCCUGGUCAACCCCACAUCAACAAACAUUUUACAGACUGCUAUCAACAACACAUUUCAAGAACCCUGGGUUGGCUCUCUGGAACACGACAAAGUCUGGAAGUGGAUUGAUGACUUCCUAUUGCUGGGUCUUGGCAGUGUUUCAUUUCAGUGCUUCCAGCAGAGGGUACUGUCUGCCUCCUCAUCACGUACGGCCCAGUUUACCUGCUAUGCUGCUGCCCUCAUCAUCGCCAUACUGGGAAUCCCCCCUGUCUUGGUUGGGGCUGUCGCUGCCUCCACAGACUGGAACCUGACACAGUAUGGCUCUCCAUCUCCAUACAUACGUGGUGAGCAAACAUUUAUCCUUCCCCUGACUCUACAAUUUCUCACUCCAUCCUACAUCUCCAUCAUUGGAAUUGGAGCUGUGGCUGCUGCGGUCAUGUCGUCAACAGACUCAGCCCUGUUAUCCGCAACUUCAGUGUUCUCAACAAACAUCUACAAGAACAUCCUGCGCCAACAGGCUUCAGACUGUGAAAUGCAAUGGGUGAUUCGGAUCACAGUGGUUGUUGUGGGUGUGGUUGGGACAUCUUUAACAUUCUUCACCAACAGCACCCUGGUCCUCUGGCUUCUUGGAGCAGACAUUUCCUACACACUUAUAUUCCCCCAUCUGGUCUGCGUGCUCUUCUUUGAAGUGACAAAUGCUUAUGGCGCCGCAGUGGGUUAUGUUACAGGGCUGAUUGUGAGGAUUCUGGUGGGAGAGAACACUGUAGGUCUCCCUGUUGUUCUUCAUCUUCCUGGUUGCACUCUGGAAGAUGGCAUCUACGUCCAAAUGUUCCCGGUCAGAACAUUCUCCAUGCUGUGCACCCUGUUAACCAUCUUAGUCUUUUCUGUGCUUUCUUUGUUCAUGUUCAACCACAGCCUGUUGCCUGAAAGUUGGGACAUUUUUAAAGUAAAAUGUAACACUGCUGUAUCAUCAGCGGACGCUGUCACUCAGAAUCUCCAAGAAGAAGCUGGAAGUGAUGGUGAGUGUGACAACGACAGUAAUGGAGUUGCCUUACAACCAAUUUUGCAGAAUGGAACAUAACCUUUUUUUCCCCCUUUCUUAAGUUGCUGGCCAGCAUUUUAUUUUCUUAAUAACUGUAUAUUUAGAUAAAGUUAAAGUCACUGAAGUUAGUUCCUAGUUGUUCCUCAGGUGUUGAUAAACAUUUUACAUUCUUAAAUAAGUUCCUUUUCUUUCUCUGGAUGUUGUAUUUUUUUGGGGGGGGGAACAAGUUAUGUUUGUAAUUGUUUGUUAAUUCACAACACAGGUUAAAAACACGGUUCUCUCAAAGUGUCUACCAGCAUUCCAUGCAAUAUACUUGUAGAAAUUUUGUGAAUAAACAUAUUUUGUCCAAAUUA